AGCAGCCAUAUUGAAUUCACAUUGUAAGCUGAUUAAACUUAAGGAUUAAAUGUAAAUGAGGCCUGUCUAUUGGAUCUCUCAUCUCAGUUCACUUUGAUGCCAGUGUCUUGUGUUUUUGGACAUGAUUUUGAUUUGGAAAUUAACUUUAAAACGGAAUUGAUUGAGAAAUGAAUAUUCAGAAGGAUACUGUAUAUGAUGCUAAGGCAGCAAAUUGGACUAAUGCUGAAGUUGAAAAGCUGGUUGAAAUAUGGGCAGAACCACAGAUGCAAUUGGAAAUAGAUUCGACAUACAGAAACUUUUUUGUGUUUGAGAAAAUUUCAAACAGAUUAGCUGAAUUGGGAAUGAUAAGACCAGCAGCUCAAUGUCGGGUGAAAAUUAAGAAUUUGAAAUCAAGUUAUACCAAAUUAAGAGAUACAGCACCAAAUGAGUUGGAAAAAUUGAAAAUUCGAAGUCCAGCAUUUAUUAUUGUAGAAGAUGUGUUGACUAAUAAAGUUUUAGAUGUUCCUGGUGUUGACAACCAAGCAGACGACAGUUUUGAUCAAAGUAAUUUGAUAAAAAUUGAAUCUCAUCACAACCACCAACAUGAUGACGAUGAAGAUGACUAUGAGACAGAAGAAUAUAUUCAAGAAUCUUAUCCAUCUUCAUCAACCAGUUCAAAAAAUGUCAAUAAAAACAUCAUGAAGACAUCAUUUAGUUUAGGAAAAAGAAAGAGAAUGAUACCAGCUUAUGAACAAGAAGAUGAUGAACAGAUGUUAGCUUAUGAAAAUGGCGCUUCUAAAAAAAUGAAUUUAGAAAAUGUUAUGAAAAAACUUGAUAAAUUAGAAACAACUUUUCAAGAAGGAAUAUUGACAUUACAGCAACAACUUCGAGAUGAAAGAAAAUUCUACAUGGAAUGUGAAGAAAGGCGAUUGAAAUUUUUUGCAGAACUGGAAGAAAAACGCAGACGUGAUGAAAGGGAACAUGAGUUAAAACUGUUUAAAUUGUUUUCAGAUGUCAAACGAAAUGCAUCAGCAGACAAUAGUUCCCAAAAUCAUAGUUCUAAUGAUUCCAUAUUAGGUGAUAUAACUAUUUCAAGGUCACAAGAAGACUGAUGCUUUUCUUAGUUAUGUUUUUGUUUUCACUACGCAGAAAUAAGUUGCAAUUCUGUCUUGUGUUUCAAAAAAUAUGGUUUUAAAUUGCUAGGAUAAUUUUAUUUUUUGGGAAACCAGGACAACUACCUAGUCCCUGAUAACCUCUAUACAGCAAAAUUUCGGUUGAAAUCUUCCAAAUAAAUCUAAUUAUCAGGAAUAUUAUUUUUGAAAUUUAUUUUUCUAAUGCUUUCAGAAUUUGUUCUGAAUUUCUUUUGAUUUGAUGCUUGUAUUUAAGUGAUAUUCUGCUAUCAAUGGCAAAUUAAAGACUUCAAAGAAU